AAGCCGCAUUGGUCAUCCAGAACUGGUACCGAGGUUACAGUGCUCGGUUGAAGGCCAGACAACGCUAUGCCCUCACCAUCUUCCAGUCUAUCGAAUAUGCUGAUGAACAAGGCCAAUUGCAGCUCUCCAACUUCUUUUCCUUCAUGUUGGAAAACUACACACAAAUACACAAGAAAGAUCCAGAAUUAGUUGCUCGACUUUUUGGUAGCACCCUCCAGGACUACAAGGAUAGACAGGACUAUGUCUCACGCAUAGACGUCCCAGACUCCUAUCAUGGUCCUCGGCUGCAAUUUCCUCUCACUUUUACUGAUAUUGAUUUACUUGUUGAGGCCUUCAAGCAACAACAGAUACUUCAUGCUCAUUAUGUCUUAGAAGUGCUAUUUGAAACCAAGAAAGUCCUGAAGCAAAUGCCGAACUUCACUCACGUAAAAACUUCUCCCUCCAAAGAGUUAACAAUCUGUGGUGAUUUGCAUGGGAAACUGGAUGAUCUUUUUUUGAUCUUCUAUAAGAAUGGUCUCCCCUCAGGGAGCAACACAUAUAUUUUUAAUGGUGAUUUUGUAGAUCGAGGAAAACAUUCCAUAGAGAUCCUAAUGAUCCUGUUUGUGAGUUUUCUUGUCUACCCCAAUGACCUGCACUUGAACAGAGGGAACCAUGAAGAUUUUAUGAUGAAUCUGAGGUAUGGCUUCACAAAAGAAAUUUUGCACAAAUACAAGAUACAUGGAAAAAAAAUCUUACAAAUCUUGGAAGAUGUCUAUACCUGGCUCCCAAUUGGUACAAUCAUUGACAAUGAAAUCCUGGUCAUCCAUGGUGGUAUAUCAGAGUCCACAGACUUGAACUUACUCCACCGUAUAGAAAGAAACAAAAUGAAAUCUGUGCUGAUGUCACCAAUUCCCUUAGAUGAAGACCACGAUAAUGACUUGAAGAAAAAUAAGAUAAAUACAACUAUUAUACCUCGGGAAGUCAAAACAAAUGGAUCCCUUUCUGAACAGUUAACAAAGCAUGAAUGGGAGCAGGUUAUCGAUAUUCUAUGGAGUGAUCCCAGAGGCAAAAGAGGCUGUUACCCAAACACAAGUCGAGGAGGGGGCUGCUACUUUGGACCUGAUAUUACCUCCAAGGUUCUUAAUAAAUACCAGUUGAAGAUGCUCAUUAGGUCUCAUGAAUGUAAGCCUGAAGGGUAUGAAAUCUGCCAUGAUGGGAAGGUUGUCACUGUAUUUUCUGCUUCUAAUUAUUAUGAAGAAGGCAGCAAUCGAGGAGCUUACAUCAAACUGUGCAGUGGUAUGAACCUUCGAUUUUUCCAGUACCAAGUAACUAAGGCAACGUGCUUGAGGCCUCUUUACCAAAGGGUGAAUACUAUUGAAAGUAGUGCCAUCAGGAUAUUAAAAGAGAGAAUGAUUUCACGAAAAACUGAUCUCAUUCGUGCUUUCCAACUUCAAGACCGCAGUAAAUCAGGAAAACUUCCUAUGGGCCAGUGGGCUUUUUCCAUGGAGAACAUUUUGGGACUGAACUUACCAUGGAGAUCCCUGAGUCCACAUCUGGUAACUAUAGACAAAAAUGGAAAUAUCAACUACAUGUCCAGCUUCGAGGAUAUCCACAUUCAGAAACCUGUGAAAGAGGCUCAGUCGACUCUAAUUGAAACUCUGUACAGAUACCGAUCUGACCUGCAAAUCAUCUUUAACGUCAUUGACUCUGAUCACUCAGGCCUGAUUUCCAUGGAAGAAUUUCGUGCCAUGUGGAAACUCUUCAAUAGUCACUACAGCAUUCAUAUUGAUGACUUUCAAAUUGAUGACCUCGCCGAAAGAAUGGACUUAAACAAAGAUGGAAGCAUUGACUUUAAUGAGUUUCUAAAGGCUUUCUAUGUAGUACAUAAAUUGGAUAAUGUGAACAAAUCAGAUAGCAAACUUGCUUAACAAGAAUUAGUUAUCCCUCCUUGUAAACUGUUGGGCCCAAAUCACUGAUGCCAUCUUUUCCACAACCCUUGUAAUUCAUAAUUAGUAGUAAAGUAGACCCCCAUUCAUCCACGAGCAGAUGUAUAUAGCAUGGGUUUUCGAAGUCCCCAGAAGGCUGUAAUUGAUAAGACUAGCUUAAAUGUCAGCUGAUAGGAUUUGGCUCCAGUGUUAGGACUCACACAUUGCUGGGUAGAAACUGGUUUGAGCCUACUGUUGGCCUCUUGGACAAGGAGACCAGAGCAAUUUGGAAAUGUGUUGAGAGGAACCCACAGAGCACCAGUGAAAAGUGCAACAUGUGUGAGUGACUCAGGGAUGGGAGGAGGAAUACCAAACCAUUAAUGGAAUAAAAUAUUUCCAUCUUUAAACGGAAUCUUCUUUGGAGACCACAAACUGGUGAUUCUCAAUCGUGGGGGAACCUCCCUUGAGGGUUGGGCGCUGUAUCAGAUCCUUGGGGGAAGCUGUGGGAGUGUAUUGUUUGAUAAAACCUAUUUUUUUCUUGUCUGUUGGAGACACAAAGUAAAUACAAUUCAGAUUAAGCCCUACAGUUAAUAUGGUUUGACACUUUCAUUGGUGAGAUGGGGCCUUGGUAAUGCAUACAUUGUGCAAUUUAUUCUGCUAUUCUGAUUGCAUAUCAAACAUAAUAGAUUUCUCUUUAAAGGCAAGUAUGUGUUUCAUUUUUUUCCUAAUUUUGAGAACCUCAGAAUCUAUCAAUAGGCCAGGUUAGAUAUCCUACAACUCUGUCUGGAACACACACCAGGAACAAUGGAUAAAAUAUAACAAAUAUCUUUUUUAAAUACACAUCUGAGCUGGCAAGAAAGUAAAAGAAACCCCUAGGGGGCGAGGAAAAAAGAGCAUAAUGAAAACCGUCGCAAUACUAAUGACGGACAGGAUAGACUUUGAGGCAAAAAAUGUUAGGGAUAAAAGGGGGUCAUUACUGAAUGUUAAGAGGAAUGAUUCACCAGGAAGAUAGAAGAAUUAUAAAUGUAUAUGCAUCUAAUAACAGAGCUUUAAAACUUAUAAUGCAAAAAUUGAUGCAACUACUAGGAGAAAUUGA